AUGUCGCGCUGGAAGGAGAAUGCCUCACCUCUCCCGCUCUACCCGAGCGGUGCCUCCAAACCCUCCCAUCUCCUCCCCUGCAAGCGCCCGCCGCAAUCCCCAUCCCCAUCCCCAUGCCCACCGCCGCGCCGGCCGCUCGUCGACAUCACUGGCAACGCGCUGGAGCGGCGGGGCGGGUACGGGUAUACAACUCCCCUCCCGAAGGCUUCCAGGCCCUGCGGGUUCCUUCUGCACGACGACGAAGAUGACAUGAACGAGGCAUUCUUGCGGGAGGUGGACGCCAUCUGCGAGGAGCACGCGCGGUCCACGGCCAACAAGGAGGAGAAGGAGAAGAAGCCAGCAGAGGAGCAUAAGGGGACGGGCGAAGGGCCGCUCGCGGCGGCAGCGGGUACGAUUGACGCCGCCGGAACAGAGAUAUCAACGCUUGACGAUGCUUUCUGGGAGGAGGUGAGCGCCAUCUGUGAGGAGUGUGAUGCCCAGUCUGCUGCCAAGAGCCAGGAGGGGACGAAGGAAGAAGAAGAGGAGGAGGAGGAGGAGAGCUUGGUGCUGUCCUGCGGUGAUGCUUCACUCCCCCCUGCUAUUUCCAUCACAGCGGAGGGUGUGGAGGGGCACGCUGAUAUCUCUGCUGCUAAGGGCCAGGAGGAGCAGCAAGAUAUGGAACUAGAAAAGGAGGAAGAUGAAGCGUGUGCUCCAAAGAAGUACUAUGAAUAUUUGCACUCCUUGAAUGAUAGGCAGAAGGAGGCUGCAUGUAAUGAUGUGGCUGUUCCACUAAUGAUUGUUGCUGGUCCAGGAAGUGGAAAGGUAUACAUACUUGUCCUUUUAUCGUCAGAAGGUCAACUAUGGUCAACCUGA